AUGGACGGCAAAAACAGGCACGAGGUCAAGUCGGCCGCGUCUCCCGCUGCUUCUGAUGUCGGCGUCGGCACGCACGAGCAACACAAUGUUUCCUUGGGGAAGAAGAUUCUAUACCACCUGUGGGAUUCGGACCAGCAUCUCAAGAGCCCGCAGGAGAGGGCUCUGGUGAGGAAGUUGGAUUUCGGUAUUCUCAUCUGUGCGACCCUGGGAUGGUGGAUGAAAUACAUUGACCAGAGCAACAUUACCAAUGCCUAUGUCAGCGGUAUGAAGGAGGAUUUGAACAUCAAGGGAAACGAGUACACAUACAUGCUGAUGUGCUACACCAUCGCGUUCGCCAUCAUGCAAAUUCCAGCAAACAUGAUCGCCCUCAAAGUCCGACCCCGGGUCUGCCUCGUGGUCUGCGAGCUCGGCUGGACAGCUUUUACCUUCGCGCAAGCUGCGGCCCAAACCAGCAACCAAAUGUACGCUUUCCGGUUCAUGGUCGGGCUUUUCGAGAGUCCCUUCUCCCCCAUCAUCAUCUUCCUGCUUGGAUCGUGGUAUACCAAGACGGAGCUUGCAAAGCGCGUGGCCGUAUGGCACGUCACGGGCUUCUUCGGGCAAGCAACUUCCGGCUUCCUCCAAGCUGGCAUCCACAAGGGCCUGGACGGGCACCUCGGGAUGGCGGGCUGGCGCUGGAUGUACAUCAUCUGCGGCUGCAUGAGCCUGCCGAUCGCGCUGUCCGUCUGGUUCCUCCUACCGGACUACCCACACAAUACAACGGCGUGGUACAUUACCGAGGAAGACAAGCAGCUCGCGAUGCAGCGGUCGGCGAAGCUGGGCCGAGUUGAGAUCACGGGCGUCAUGGACUUGAAGCUCGUCAAGAGAAUGUUUGGAAGCUGGAGGUGGUGGGCGCUCUGUAUGAUGUACAUCUUUUAUGGGAACUCGUGCCAGGCGAACAACUACUUUGCCAUCUACCUGCGUGAGAACGGAUACAGCGUCACCCAGCGCAAUAUCAUCCCGGCCUGCGCCAACCUUGUCACGAUGGUGACCGACUUUUCAUGGGGUUUCCUGUCGGAUUUGACAGGGAACCGGCCACUUUGGAUGGUUGGCCCGCUGCUGGGCACCACGGUCGUCGGCUCCUCCAUCCUCACCGCCUACCCUGACUCUGACGGUGCACGGGUUGCGGGUUUCUUCUUGGUUGCUUGUGGUUAUGUGACUGCAGUGGCUUGGACCUGGGCCAACGAGAUCAACAACGGCAAUGCCGAGGAGAGGGCCUUGACAAUUUCCAGCAUGAACGGGCUGUUCUACGCCACGAACUCCUUCUUGCCGAUUCUCAUCUUCCCGCAGACCAUGGCUCCCAAGUUCGAGCGAGGGUUCCCUUCAGUCCUGGCAUUUGCACUCGCAGCGGUAGUUCUCGUUCUUGUCGCGGACUUUCUGCACAAACGCCAGCUCCGGCAAGAGGCUGUCGCAGCUGCGAAUCAGCCUGUUUCCGAAGCCGAGAUCACAAACCCUUUGAGUUCCAUGGAAAAGGAGACUGAAAACAAGUUGGUGGGAGCUGUGGAGCCUGUUCGCAGCUCUGCCACGAUUAUUUGA